AAAUAUUCUCAUUGAAUGAUCAUUGUCCUUCUAUCUAGAUCUAAUUCCGCAAGCUGAUGUUGCGUUUGUGUUGAAGCCGCUUAUUGAUGGAGCAUUGCCCGUGCAUAGCGCUAUGCUCAGACUAGGUGCCGUGCUGCCGCGAUGCACAUGUGCUCCGGUCCAGCAUCCCAGGCCGUGGCUACCUGCUGCUUCUCCUGUGAACAUCUCCAGCAGAGAUGCAUUUACAGUGCCGUCCGGAGAUAACGUUGCCAACCCUGGAGACUUUCAUGGCGAGAAGUACAAGGUGCCAAAGGAAACCUUUCGACCGAGUCGUUACAUUCCCAGAAAGAAAACACCAGUGGACGAAGACAGACAGCCCUAUGAUGUUGAUGCAAUUGUAAGAGAGUUGAGUAGAUCAAAAAGCAGACCAGAGAAGAGUCCUGAUGAGCCCACAGUCGUAGGAGAUGAUGAAGAAAUGCCGCAGAGAAAGAAGGAUAAGGCAAAGGCAGGUGGUGAUGGUGAACCAUUGGAGUACUUUCCAUUCCCGUGUGAGAGGCUGGGCUUCAUGUUUGACACCCUGCCGCCGAAACUCCACAAGGCGGUGCGAAAAGUAUUGAAAUCGUUCCAGUGUCGCCAGUACACCAUGGAUGGCAUUCGCCUUUCCAAGUAUCUCUACAACAGGAACAUUCCCUGGACGGAGAUCGUGCCGGACUUCACACCACACAUUUUCGCUGCAAAGCUGCGUCACCGGCCGUUAAUUGACGAGAAGAAAGUGAUGGAGACCUAUGUGGAAAGUGACAUGCCUUGGUUUGAAGUGCCAAUCAUCGGAAAGAGACUCAUCCCCAAACAUACGGCAGUCCGGUAUGGUAGCAGAGAAGCUGUCGCGUAUAUGGCCAGUCGACUGGACAGUCACUAUGCAGUGACGUAUCGUGUGCUGAACGAGAUUCGCAAACGUAUGCCUGAUUUUGAGCCAAAACACGUGCUGGACUUCGGCUCUGGGCUAGGGUCAGCUACAUGGGCUGCUAACAGCGUAUGGGGCAAGUCAAUAAAGGAGUACGUGUGUGUGGACACGUCGUCGACAAUGACGGACAUGGCUAACGUCCUGCACAGGCAGGGCGAUGCCAAGUCGCGGCCGUCGUUCAAGAACGUCUUCUAUCGCAACUUCAUGCCCGUGUCCACCGAUGUGAAGUAUGACGUUGUCAUUGCAGCGCACUCUCUCAGUGAGCUCACCUCGGAAGAAGACCGGUGGAGAGCCAUCGAGACGCUCUGGCAGAAAACAGAGAAAUACCUGGUGAUUGUGGAGCAUGGCUUCUGGCCCGGUUUCAACAUUGUGCGCGAGGCGCGGCGCAUUGUUUUGCGUGAGAAGGCAUUUGUACGCGGAAAGAACCUUCGCAGUGGAGCUACACUGCCGGACUUGCCCGGAGGUUUCAAGAUUUAUGAUGAGCAAGACUUUGAUUCCGCCUUGGAUUGGCCCGAAGGACAUGUAUUUGCCCCGUGUCCACAUGAUGGCCCUUGUCCCAAGGAGAGAAUGAUCGUGAAUGGGACAUGCCAUCGGGCGUGUAACUUCUCCAAUAAUCUCAACGGUAGCGUAGCAGAAAAAAAUCUCAACAUGUUCAUGGCCGUUCAUCACAAGGAGAGGCUCUCUUAUGUUGUGUUCAAGAAGGGAAAGCGUGAAGAGACAAAGUUUGGUGAAUAUGACCGCUUGCUUCGACCGUUACAGCGUCGCGGUGGCCAUGCGCUGGCACUGGUAUGCAGAGCAUCAGGGGAGCUUGAAAUCAACACCUAUACAAAGGCAAAGAACCCUGUCAUUUACCGGUCGGUGCGCCGAGCCCGAUGGGGGGACAUGCUGCCGCACAUCGACGUGGCCACCGGGCGCCGCAUCCUCUCGCAAGCACCGCGUAAGCACAAGCGAGGUGCUGGGGCCAGCGAGCAGGACUGCGCCGAUGGUGACUCGAGUGAAGAGCAAGCGUUAAAGCCGUACAAUCCGGAAGAUGCAAUGCUGGAAGACUUCGACGAGCGGACAUUUGACGCUGGUAAAGACGACGCAGUCGAGGGAUCCGGCCAACCAAAGGCACGGCGCCGUGCCAAGGAUGACCCCGAUUUCGCCGGAAGCGAUCAACUGUAUGCGGAUGAGUUUGAAGAACAUUAAUUUUGUUAUUGCUGGUUUGAAAACAUGUGUGCAUGCCAUCGCCAACCUAAAUCUUGAAGCGUUUGACCUUUCUUUCGUUCAUCAUGAGAUGCAGUAGAAUCCAAUCCUUGAUUUAUAAAACAUCACCUCUAACGCACGAAAAAUAUUUGAAGCAAAUAACGAAAACAUCAAACCCUGAUAUGAAACACAUUUCCAUUUCCUUCUCGACUUACAUGUUAGAGAUGCACUACUAUCUUAUUUGCUCUGCUACUUCUCUAGGAGCGAAGGCUGCGCGCGCAACGCCAUUCUAGUACAAAUAAUACAAUUUCACAUGUAACUGUUUAUAGUUCAUGUAAGAAAUUAUUAGCUGCCCUCCUCCAUCCAUGGCCAUAG